AUGCAGGCUGAAACUGACGAGGACGAACAAGAGGACGACGACGAGGUGAAGAAAGAAGCCGCAGCAACAUCUUCAAAUCAAUAUACCUAUUCACAUAUACAGCCAAAGAUGUCAGGCUUGUCAAGAAGGCGACCAGCUAAUAAAGGCAACAGCGAAACGGCGGAUCCAAAUAAUCCGGUUAAUGAUAAGCUAAAGAACAAUGCUAGUAGUGCCAGUCUCAUAGAUGAUAGAAGCGACACUAAGAUAGCGUACGAUCCGGAAGACAUAGUGGAAAGCUCAAGGGGAAGGAAAUGCCCAUUGCUCACGUUGAUGGAGGAGGUUUUGUUGAUGGGAUUGAAAGAUAAGGAGGGAUAUCUCUCUUUUUGGAACGACAACAUUUCGUACGCACUUCGAGGCUUAAUACUAAUGGAGUUGGCAAUGCGAGGAAAGAUUCGGAUGGUGAAUGAUCCUGCAAGAAAACGGUUUGACUUGCCGGAUCGUCUAAUUGAAUGUGUAGACUCUAAAAUGACGGGCGAGACGCUUUUGGACGAGGCCAUCAAGUUAAUCAAGACGGACGAUUCUCACCUAAGUGUGGCGGAUUGGAUAGAUCUUUUGAGUGGAGAAACGUGGAACUUGAUGAAGAUGAACUACCAACUGAAGCAGGUGCGGGAAAGAUUAGCUAAGGGAUUGGUGGAUAAGGGAGUUCUCAAGACGGAACGUAAGAACUUCCUUCUGUUUGAUAUGGCCACGCAUCCUAUUCAGGAUCCAACCCCUAAGCGUAGAACUGCACAGCGGAUUUUGUCAUUGCUCACGAAUCGGAAUUUCAUCAUUGAAUACGACGAGAAGUUCUUCCCGGAGGCUGCUGGUGACAAGUAUUUGCGGUCGGUCUGCUUGGUAUGCGGUUGCUGUGCUGCCAACGUUCUCGAAAAUGUUCUUGUUGAUUUAGGGUUUGAUGCUCGUGAUCAGGCAUUUGUGCGCGUUGAUGAGCUGCUCAGUCAAUAUAGCGAGUAUCCAUUUGCAGACAAGCAGCCUGCUUCUGGUAUAGGCAUCAAUUUGUAUAAAGAAGUGCAGAAGGAGAUCGAGCAAGAGCAUGCGGAUCCAUUGUCUAUGGAGAUCGUGGCUGCGGUGAUUAAUGUAUUCUGGAAGAUGGAUGCCAUAAUCUGA